AUGCCUUCAUUUCUAUUACUCUCUUUCUCUCGUUUUUAUCACACUACUCUCUUCUUUCUUGAUAACAGAGAAGAAGAAGAAGAAGAAGACAAAAACAAUUUAAGAAAGAUGAAGAAGAAGAUGGAAGCAGACGAUGAAAAGUCGUUUGAAUCCUAUUCGACCUGCUUUGAAGGACGCUUAAAAGCAGCGCUGAGAGAGAUGCAACUCGGGCAAAGCUUUUCUCGCGCCUCGAAUACAAAUUCGAAGAAGAAGAACGAUGAUGAUGAUGAUGAUGUGAUGAACAACAACAACAACGAGACGACGACGACGGAAGACAAAGAAGGCAAAGAAGACAACAAAGAAGAAGAAGAGAAGAAACGAAUAACGCGGACGAGAAAAGAGAUCAUCGAGAAACACAUCUUACGAGACGCGAGGAGAGAGAACGACGAAGCGCUCGAGAAAAAACUGUUAACUGCUACAACUACUAAAACUUUAGCGUUAUAUAAAGAGAACGCGACGAUGGCGGAUGCGUUUUUAAUGGCGGCGGGAAAGAUAACCAGCGCACUCAUCGAGGCGUACGAAGACUUUUUAGACGAUUCUUCUUCUUCUCAGUGCGCUCUGGCGGACUUUAUAUCAGAUGCGCUUCUUCGCGGCGACGACAAAGGGAAAGACAAAAGUAAAAAAAGUAGUAGUAGUAAUAGCAAAGUUAACGAUGCGAAGUCGUCGACGUAUCGCGCAUUCUUAGAGGUUCUUUUGCUCAUAGCAGAAUCGGAGGAGUUGAAAGACACGCAGCUUCGUUUGUUGCCGUUUCGGUUCAUAGAAGACGUCUUCGCGCAGAGUUCUGUGGAAGAUUGCUCGGAUAUCGUGAACAAAUACUUGUUCUCCGAAAAUUUUAUACCGAAGGAGAAUCAAGGAUACGAAGAUGGAGAUUACUAUCCGCACGAUAUAGACGGCAUAAAAUAUCCCGAAGAGAAAACGGGGAAAAAGAGGGUAAAAAGUAAAACGAAACUCAUUCAGAAGGACGUGUACGACAGAUUAAUAGUCAUCAUGGACAUUAAAAAAGAGUUCGACGAGAAUGGACUGCGAAAGAUGAAAAGCGCGAGCGAAAUUUACAACCAGACCGGGCCCGAAAAAUACGACUGCGGUGAAGAGUGUCAAGUCAUCAUGCUCAAGUCUUUUGACGAGCUUUUAAAUCGAUCGUCGCAAAUAUUACACGCGGAAUUUAGAGGGAAAUGUAUGUUAAUGUCGAACGGAGUCAAAGACUUCGCCGAAAGCGCGCACGUUGCCGCGGGCAUAGAUUUCAUCGCCGAAGACGAAUGCGAUCAAGCUGCAAAAAAGAAAGCAAAAGAUGGUAAAAAUAGCAAACAGUCAAAGAAAAGCGUCUCGAAGACGAAUAAUAAUAAUAAUAAUAACAACAACAACAACAACAACAACAAAAAGAAUCCAGCGCAAAAAGACGAUGAGGAAAAUGAGGAAGAGAAAUUGAACGCAAUUGCUCUGGAUGAUUUGAAAACCGUCGAGAAAGUCUUCCGCGAAGCAAACGAGGAUUUCGGCGAUGAGUUCGAUGCCAUCAUUUCUCCGCAGUUAUACUUUGCAUUUUGGGAGGCUAUGGAGUUGUUCGGUGAACCGAUCAUGGCGUGUAAACUGCACGUCUCUUCUGUGGACGAUUUUCAAAGCAAAGUCGUGAAAAAUUUAAAUAUCGUUUUAGAAAAGAUUAAAGCUAUAUCUCCGUUUAAGAAGCAAAUGCUCAGAGAGGAACUUCUGGAGCAACUUGCACUCACGGGUACGUUAAGAAUUUCAACCGCUCGGGCGUUUCCGUUCCAAAUGCGAGAUGGUUUCUUCUUGAGAAAUUUCUUGGCCCAAGCCGCCAUGUUCUUGCACUUCGUGCUCUUUCAUUUCGGCGACGACAACAGCCCUUUGGAAAAAGAGCACGCAAAGGAAGUCGCAGCGCGAGAUGAAAGAAUGAAGAAACUGUACGAAGAACAAACGAAAGGUAGGAUAAUCAUAGACGCGAUUCAAGAGACGGAAGAUCGCAUGCGAGAGGAAGCGGAAGCUAUGGGCGUAAAAUUAAAAAAGACGGGAGAUAAAAAAAGCGACGGUGACGCGAUGGAUGUUGACAAAGGUGAUAAUAAUGGUGAUGACGUCGAUGAUGGCAGACCGCGCCGUCGAGUGAAUGUGCCGAAAUUUGGAUUCUCGGAAGAGCAAAUGACGAUAUGGAGAGAGACAAUCGUUCCAGUUGCGAAGGAGUGUUUCGAGAAAGUUUUGGAUGUCGUCGAGAAAACUGACGCAUCUCCUGAGCAAGGCAAGAAACUGCGAAUAUUUCUCGUCGCGACCAUGUACUCCACCGAACACUACGACACUUGGGUGGAUAUGGGCUGCCCUUCCUUUGAAAGAGAAGAAAUCGACGUCGUCGCUGAACAGAAAGAAUACGAGCGAAAAGAAAAGGAAAAAGAAGACGCCGAAAAUGCAAAGUAUCCGGAAGGAUACGUCCGAUUCGAAAACAAUCCGGAAAUGGAGAGAAUAUGGAAUUUGUAUCCGAGUUAUGAAGCGGCGAUGACAGAUCCUGAACGUAACAGAUAUUCGAAACCAGAAUUUAUGAACGAGUUUUUGCAAGUAGUAUACGACGAGAUGGAUCCAGAGGCUCAGAUUGAGGAGGAAUACAAAACGAAGAACGACACCAUGUAUCGCUGGAAAGCGUUUCGUUUGAUUCGACAGUGGAACUUUGCCGCCUUUCGAAAGAUGAAGAAUAACGAUUUGGAGACGAUUGUUCCGGAAAUUUUGGGUUUAGAUCCUCCAAAAGGAUGGAAACCGCACAAUCCAGUGGACUUUCGCGACGUUCCCAUUGAGAUGCCGGACACGAUCGACGGUGAAAAAGUCGAUAAAUCGUCGCAUCACGAACUCACGGAGGAAGAGAUUGAUAAAAUCAUCGAAGAAACCCACGCGAAAUGGGUGCUCGAGAAGCAAGAAAAGGACAAAUUGGAGGAAGAAAAGAAAGCCGCGGACGAGCUCGCCGCGAAGGCAAAAGAAAAGGCGGCAGAGGAAGGGCUGCGCAAGAGGCGAGAGGUCAACAAGGUGGGCGUGGCGGCAGAGGAGCUCAGCAGCAAUCACAGCAACCACAGCAGCAGCAGCAACAAAGACAGCAACCACAGCAAAAUAAAAUGGGUAAAUUUGAUGGCGGUGGUCGAGGUGGUGGCAGAACGCAGCAACAAGCACAGCAAAGAAUGGGACGCGACCCGCAACAACAAAUGCGUCAACAGCAACAGCAACAGCAACACCAGCAACAGCAGCAGCAGCAGCAGCAACAGCAGCAGCAACAACAACGUUCCGCAUCUCGCGAUCGAUAUCCUCCUUCUCGAGGUCCUCCACAGGGAGGAAGAGGAGGAAGACCAAUGA